CUGGGGAGAUUGUAGCGCCGUCUGCUGGUCACGUGUCGCCACUGCCGCUACGUGCGGUGUGAUAUAUCCGUCCGCGUGCGAGGCGAGCGUCUCUCAGUCCCGCAGCGGCGUCCACCGCGACAGCAGCGCGAGGAGCUCACGCGCCACCGCUCUCUCGUCUCACAUAAGUUUCAGCCCGUGCUUCUUUGACGAGCCCCCCCCCUCUCUUUAAAUAGCUAACGCUCCAGGACCCUUCACGCGCGCGAUUGUUCCUCAACAGAGACCCGGCAGCCGCCGCCGCCGCCGCUCUUUUAACUCCGCUCACUUGACGUUUCUUUGGAAAUCUACGAAAACCCGAGGAUUAUCCGAGUGGCCAUUUGUCAGUUUAACGUGGGGAAAAAAAUGCCAUUCUUCGUAUCCCGCGCGACUACUGGGAUCUAGCCGCAGAUGUUGUGGGAAGUUUAAGGCGGACGCUGUGAGAUGGCUGGAAAUCCUCAUCAGCUCUAAGUGCUCGACCCUCAACAAGUAAACCAUGGCUUACGCCGGAGCUCAGAAGGCUUUGAAGAGCGAUAAGUUAGAUGAAGCUCAAGCUCUGGCCAAAAGCUGUGCGGGGAGGCCGGACUUUCUCCCCUGCGAUGGACUGUCCAUCUGCGCCACACACAGCCACGGAAAGUGUUUCAAACUGCACUGGUGCUGCCAUUUGGGCUGGUGUCACUGUAAAUAUGUCUACCAGCCCAUGACCAAUGUUUCUCAGCUACCCAGCACACCUGUGCCGGCCGCUCCGUCCGAGUGUACCGACACCAUCGAUCUGUCCAUCUCUCUGACUGAGCGCUUUCUCCGCAUCUCACCCUUUUUCCUGCCUCCGCCUUGUCCCGAAUCUCCCAAAUAUUGCAACAUUGCCGAACUGUUUAUCGAUGACUACAUUGUCAAACGCAUCAACGGCAAAAUGUGCUACGUUCAGCGGCCCCCACUUCACACGGAGGCCCCUCCCACUCCACCUCAAAUAAAUCCCGCCUCUCUGACGCCACAGAAACAGCAGCAGACUGUUGAGGAGACUGUUAAAGGACCAAAAAUGGGCCACUGCUCUUCGCCCUCCAACUCCGAGGACUCGGGGAUCAACGCUUUGGGAGGACACUAUCUGGAGUCCUGUGAGGAAGAGUCUGAGGAAGAGGAUGAACUUAGCACCGAUGGACACUCGAGUCCGGGAAGUCUAUGGGACCAGGAUGAAUGCACCCUACUGUCCCCUUCCAAAUCCAUUGUGGAGAUCAUUGAAAACAUUGAAACUACUGUGUAAUGUUUGCUCUUUUUGUUCUUUUCACAUAUCUCUCUCUCUUUGUCUGACAAGAUAAACUCAUUGUUGUAAAAGAAAUCUUGUAUUUAAAGGAAAAAAUGCUACACCCAUAAAGACAGUGCUAUACUUUA